AUGAAACCCAUAACUGCCCAACUUGCCCGGAAAAGAGAAAGGAACCGUGAGAGUCAGCGAAGGUCGCGCCAGAGGGUCAAAGAUCAGAUUGAUGCUCUUGAACGACAGAACAGAGAGCUUGAGCUAGACAACAGAUCGCUGCAGAAGCAGCUGCUACAUGCCCUAGAAGCUAUAGAAGUGUUCGAAAAGGGUGCGAGUCUCCACCAAAACUCUAUCGUUAAGCAGAAAGUGCAUAUCUAA